AACCCAAGAAGAGCAAUAUGUACAACAUCUCGUUAAAGAAUGUUAAAUGUUGCAAAUAAAAAAUAUAUUUUACAUUCAAAAGGAAAUUAAAUUAAAUUUUACCUAUUCGUGAUCCAUUUAUAAAUUAUUCAACCAAGGAUAAUAAUAAAAUUAUUAUUGCCAUCAUGCGUUAAACAAGUUCAAUAUUUUAUGGCUUCUAUUAAUUUAUGAAGUUAUCACUUCUGUCGAGCGUCCCGUGAGGCACACCAUUUUUUUUUGUUUACCCCAAAUCCUAUAUAAGAACAAUGAGUUCAAUUUCCCACUGCAAAGCCUUUCAAAUCAAAGUGCUUUUUCCAGGAUUCUCCACAAUUAAAGACGAUUACAUGGAAGCAAACUGCACUUGCACCUUAAUCAAGGGCCCCGUAAAUUGCAUCGUGGAUACGAUGACUGCUUGGGAUGGGGCCCGAAUCGUGGAAGCCUUGAGGGCCAGUGGACUUCGACCGGAAGAAAUCGACUACGUAGUCUGCACUCACGGUCAUUCUGAUCACAUUGGAGGCAACUAUCUGUUCUCGAAUGCAAUUCACAUUGUGGGAUACAGCAUAUCAAAGGGCUCCAAGUACUUUCUCACCCCGGACUUGAGUUCCGGAGAAGAAUAUCAGAUCGCUGAAGGAAUUAAGGUGGUGGCCACACCAGGGCAUACGUUGCAAGAUGUCACAGUUCUGGCCAAUAUCGGAGGCAAAGUUUAUGCGGUAGCUGGGGAUCUGUUCGAGAAGGAACAAGACCUUGAUGAUGACACGAUUUGGAAGUCGGCUGGCAGCGAUGAUGAGGAUUUGCAGCAGAAAAACAGGGAAAGAAUCCUGAGAAUCGCCGACUUCAUCAUUCCAGGGCAUGGGCCGAUGUUCGCAGUACCAGCAGCUAAAAAAUGAUUGUGCUUUUCAUUGAAAACUAGUUUAGAAAAAAGAUUUAUUUAUAAUAUAUAAAUGUAUAAUGUAUAUUUGAUGACGGUAUUUUGAUACCUUCAUCAAGACACUUAUUGCUAGAUUGGACUUAAAUACAUGUUUGGGGUCAGCCAAAAAAAAAACGUUUAA